AUGUGUUUAUGCUCAGAGAUUCAACAUGGAUUUAUACAACCUUCUGACAACCAAGAGUUAGCUGGACAUUUGGAAACUUUUUUGACGCAGUUAUAUGACUUUGUAUCUAACAACGAACACUUGAUGCCGUAUCUCCUAUUUACACUACAAAGGAAGUUGACCCCAUUAUCAAGUACAGUGUCUAAGCCUUUGGAGGCCGAGAAGCGUAUAGCAAAGAUUUACAAGUUUUACUGUGUUGCACUUCAUCGAUGUCGAGCAAUUCGUCGGCAAAGUGAUGAUGCGAAAACUGUUGCACGCAAAAUUUUUCCAAUCUACCAUCCUGGUAGAUCUCUAGAAGAAGCUGGCGACGACAUGCAAUCUCUUAUUAAAACGAUUGAAAUCUUGAUACAAGCAGGUCCGAGAUAUGAAAAUAUUGCAAAGAAGUUGGGCUUUGGCAGCUUAUUUCUUCUUGGAGAUACUGUUCCAGCUAAUGUAUGGGAGAGAUGGUUACCAUAUAAAGGCUCGUUAUUUGAGCAAGCGAUGAGUUAUUUGAUGGACAAAGGUAUUAUCGACUUGGGAGAAAAAUACGAGGAGGUUGCUAAGAAAAUAAUCAACCGCUUUGAAGAUAUUUUGCCAAAAUCUGCACAUGGCUGGGUCAGCCAUGAAACUGCGGGCCAGAAGUCAUCAAAACGGAAGUCAAAUUAUCAGCUAAAGGGAACAAACAAAAAGAACAAGAACCAUACUACAAAGAAUUCCUUGGACGAUAGUGGAAAUCGUAUAGAGACCGAACCAGCUGCCCCAGAUCACACUGCAGAGUUUCCAGAUCAGUUUGAAGUUGACAGUCCGGGCAACGACCGAUUCAGACCGGAUUUUACAGCAUCACUGUCUACUUCGGGCACAUCUAUUACUGCUUUCAAACAUGCUAUAGUCGCCGAUCCGGCCGCUUCCAACAGCAAUCCCAUUUCGAUAGAUGCAUUAUUGAAUGCAGCAGAUUACAUUGCCGAGUCUACACAGAAUCAGCAGUUGGCGACUGCCAGAAACUCACCAAUUCAAAUCACCAAUGGAGCGGUACUCAGUGGUUAUGAACAAGAUUCUAUUGCUGAUGAAUAUGCUGAAUUUGGAAGCAGAAGAGGGGUAAAGAGAGGUUUAGAGUCACAGGCCGAAGCAUGCGAUUCAUCUAGCAAACAAAGGCGCAUCCAUUCAUUUUCAGGUCUCGAUUCAUCCCUAUCCCAGUCGUCAAAUACGAGAAGCGCUUACCAGACUGAGGCCAUCGGGACGAAUAUAGCAAUAAUGGCCGAGGUCUGCAAGCUAGAGAGUCCUCUUGGAGUUCAACUUUUCAAAGGUAUGGAUGCAACCUAUAUCAGAGAUCUAGAGAAGCAGAGGCGAUGGGGGAAAUUUACCGAUGCUGUGCGUUUGCAUCUUCCAUCUCCCGAAGCGAAGGAUUAUAAGUUAGAGGUCUGGAUAUGUCCAUCGAUCGGGAAAGUUAUUUCGCAAGCGAAAGAAUCGGCAAAGGACUUGAGGGAUGUACUUGAUGAAUAUCUCUUUGAUGCUGUGAACACUAGCGAUUGGAAGAAGGAACAAGAAAGGAACGGAUUACAAGGUUUUGCCGGUGCUGUUACUGUGUCCUUCCCCAAAGGAGAUGAUGGUAGUGAUUGCAAGGUUGAGAUAAUAUUGAGUGCUGAAAAGGGGUCAGAGUUUUAUGAAAAUGUAUUUCCUUUUGAUUGA